AUGUCUUCGUUCUUCGACUUCUCGAAAUCAAAGCAAGACGUGAGGAAGCGUGUCGGCAUGCCGGCGAAGAUUGAAGAGUCUUUGGAGGAGGAGGACGACAGCGUUCCUGGUAUGCUUUUUCUUCGUAAAUCAUUCGAUCAUUCUUGGAUAUUUGGAAAAAAAAAAUGUUUUCUUGACAAAAAGUUCGAAAAAUUCAAAAGCACGACAAACUUUUACGACAAUACAGUCAAGUUGUAAUGUCUCUUAGGCGCCAAAAUCCUUUUUUUCUUGCUUUGAGAAGUUUUGAUUUCUCCAAAAAACGAAAAAGAAAUUGCGUUGUUUCUAGAGUUUACGGUUUCAACUUUCAAACUUAUAUUUUUGCCCAUCAUUUUUGAUGCAAACUAAGCCUUGAAAGUACCUAAGAAAAAUUUUCCAAUAGCUCAAAAAAUUCGAGAUUUGAAACAGGAAACUUACUUCAAACAUUAUUUUCAGGCCUUUCGGAAUCGUGGGUUGAGCUGGCGCCGCCGAGCCGUGGCAGCCUCUGCAGCAGCGUCGAUGCGAGCCUCGUUUUGGUCGAGGAUUUCCGUGACAAGGAUUCGCGAUUGAGGUGAUUUAAUUUCUUAUAAUUGUAAACUGACCUCUUAACUUUAAAAAAAUCGUGUUCUAUUUGAAAAAAAUUGUUGAAAACUUCGAAAUUGUUACAAAAUAUGUUAUCAAAUACAUUAUAACUCGAUUAAAAGCGAUUGAUCCUUUUUAUAAUCUAUGAAUCCAGAAUUCAAAAAAACCGUUUUUGCAUCACUUUAUGAAAUUUUUAAAAUUUUAGAAGUAUUGAAAAAAAGUUAUUUUGGGAAAGAGACCCUUCUUCCCCCCUUUAGUUCUUCUUGUCAUUAAAAAAAUUCCUUUUUGCUGACUGGAAAUUCCAACUUUUUUUCUUGAUUUUUUUCAAACGAAUAAAUCAAAUUUCAGCCCCGUCUCUGUGCAGUCUCCUCACAUGGAGUUCGACAACCUCGAGCAGGUCAAAUACAAGUUGGUCCGCGAGAUGCUGCCGCCGGGAAGGAACACCGAUUGGUACUGGGACUGGAGCAGCCGUCCGGAAGCUUUCUUUCAGAAGUAAGUUUUCUUCUCCUACAAUUUGCCAAAAUGUUAAUUAGCUAGUGAGCGCGGGGACCUAAAAAACGAGUGCCUAGUGAGCGAAAACGCGGAAGUCGGAGGAUUAGAAUAUUCUGUGAGCUUGAGAGAUUAAUAAAAUUGAGAAGAGAAAGGCUAGGAUUUUUUUUAAUCAAGUAAAAACUGAAGAAUUCAUACAGUACUGCCGAACGUCUUUUUUGUCAAAAAAGGGCUGAUUUCAGAUUAUUUCAAUCUUUUGAAUUCAAAAAAACUGCUAAUUAAAAAGGAAAAAUGUCUUGAGUUUUUUUACAAUAAGGACUUUUUCCAAUCUAAAUGUCGGGUUCGAUUUUAUCCAUUUUUGAAUCAUUUUCCGCGUAAAAUCAGAAUUUUUCAGGAUUCAGCGCGGUAUCCGCAGGCAGUACGGCUCGAACCUGACUACUCCUCCAAACUCGCCGGAGCCUCCGCAGCACUUCUCUGCCUACGUCGAGGCUGAAUCUCUCUUCUCGGCUCGCGUCAUGUUUGGCUUUCUUGUUUCCAACAUCUUCACUUUUGUCGUCGGCGCUGCUCUUGGGUUAGUUUUUGGACAAAACGUAUUGUCUAUGAAAUAUAAAAAAAAUCUUUAGAUGCUUAGAAAAUUCAAAUAUACAGCUAACAAGAUGAACUUUGCUAUUUAAGCAAAAUUGAAAACAGUAAACUCAAAUAAUUCAUUAUUUGGAACGGAUAAAAUCUGUAAGAAGUCUCCUUUUUUGUUUUUUCGAUCCUCUUUCUUGUUUUUUUUUCAUAUCUAUUUUGAAGAAUCGCCAUCAGAAAGGCGAAACUGAAAUGAAAAAAAAAACGCUUUUUUCAGCUUCGCCGUCUGCAAGAAGUUCUCGAAGCAUCGCCAGAUUUGA